GCGUCUGCAUAGCAGGUUUCGGUUCCCGUCAAAGUACGAUGUAGGAACAUGCCAUGUGGGCGGAUUAUUGAUUUUCUCUGGGGAUAAACACAUUCGGAAUGCACACUGCUUUCAUACAGUAGAUAUUUGUGUCUAUGUUGCCGUAGGCCUAAUCCUUUUUCGCGUCGCUCCACGUUCAGUGUCAUUACGACUGACAAUUAAUAAAGUACGGGGACCGUUCAGUAUAUUUUUGCGAGGUGAGGUCAUCUCAUGGGGAUUAUCCUUGUAAGCGUCCUUAUCAAGGAACAGGAGCUAGCUUUAUGUCGACGACCCUACGUGGAAAGCCUUUUAAACCAUUAUAUUUGUCAGACUAUUAUUAUUAUGCAAGUGAACGAUUCGUACGUUUUCUGGUAGGGCUAACCGCGCAAUGUCCGACAUGUUUAAAUAGUAAGUUGGACACAGGUCUGAAGUAUGUCGCACGUAUAACCGCGAGUAGCAUCAGCCGCUCGCCUUGAAGCUGCUCUGGUACCAUCACCUCCCUAAAGUCCCUGGGAGACAAGUAAAUGUCGACGAGCACUAGGAGCUGAAUUGCGGUCAUAAUCAUGAUUUUCCAUCCGUACCGGUAUGAUGCGGAGUUUUGGGCUCCACCUGAUUUGCCCAUACAAGAGCCGAUUGCCGGAAGGUCUUCCUCCUUAGCCAGCACUUUGAGGUCCAUGUCCAUCACUCCCUCUCCCGUGCGGGAACAACCACUAAUUGUACAGGAGCCUACAAAAGAUUUCAAGCACACAUACUAUUCUUUGACACUGAACUUCUCACUGGCGAAUCUUGUAGUCGGCGUAUUAGCAGCGUGCUUGUCCAUUAUUUCUAAAGAUUUACCAGGCGACUUUACAACGGGACACAUCCUCGAUACCUGGACGGCUCUCCUGAAUAUCUGUGGAGUGCUGUACAGUAUGAUCUGGAAGAAAGCGUUAACAAGGAAAACCCUUCGCGUAUGGGAUCCUAAUUCCCCGUCCAUCCAAGAAACAGCGGGUUUGAAGUCCUUUACAACUUUCGGGUGUGGCUUGCUUCUAAGCGUCAUCCUGGCGCUGGGUGCCAUUAUCCAAGGCGUACAAGAUGGUGGCAAGGAAAGGGCGGCUGUGCUAAUCAUGAUAGGAGAUCUGAAUCUCGCGGUGGCAGCGACCUGCUUGCUGCUGAUCAGGGUAGCUCGAAAACGGGGCCGAGUUCCGCACACUUUUACGGAAUGGUGCGUAGGGACGGACAUCAGUCUCGGAAAUACGAAGGUCAAUAAAGUUCAUAUUUGGAUCGUAUUGUCCUGUGCCAUUCAGCUGUUGUUUAUUCUGCUGCCAUUGCCGUUCAUCAUUUCUAAUUAUAUCGAAGUUAUCCGGGAAACUGGGAGAACUGUUUAUUUCGGGAUGCUUGCACGGGUAUUUAAAGUUUUGACCUGCAUUUUGGGCUUGCUCGGUUUAUUUCACGGAGAAGAACCUGCCACCCAGGCAUCGUCCUCGCGUCAGUCUUCCCGGCUUACCAACUCAAAGCGGGAGGAGAAAUUCAUUGGAAUGUACCUGGGCGGCACGAUGGCAAACGUACUGUUCAGUGUGUGUGCCAUCGUUGAAGCAGCUGUAGACAUACCGCCUGGGUCCCCGAAAAACAAAUGGAUUGUUGUCGACGAAGGAUUCUUCCUGGCCUUGCAGGCGCUGCUGGCCAUACCCGGUCUUGUGUUGUGGUUAUGUACUGAAUCAGCGAUAGAAACCGAAGCCACAAUUCCGCUGAGUACGCCGCCACCCGUGGAAACCGCAACCGACACCGACACUGCUCCUGUCGAGGCAGUGGACAAUUGUUUGCCACCCACCGCAAGGGGACCCGAUGAAGCGCUGACGUAUCAGUGGUCUCAUCCGCCGGCUUACGAAGACACAUUACAACGGGAAUCGGAGCUUCCUCCUUCGUAUGCGGAAGUUAUAGAGACAACCGUAGCCCGAUUCCAGCCCGGUUUCAUAGUUUUGCCUUUUUCGGAAUUAACAUUUCAGACCAGAAUCGUUUAA